AUGCUUGGGGUGUCGACGCUGCGGAGCCCUAGCAGCAGCAGCAAGGCGGAUCAGCACUGCGGCGGCUUCGUCGGCGACCACCAUGUGGUGUUCCCGACGUCCGGCGGCGGGUCCGACUGCUGCGACGGCUUCGCAAUGGUGGACGUGGACGACAACCUGCUGGACUACAUCGACUUCAGCUGCGACGUGCCCUUCUUCGACGCCGACGGGGACAUCCUCCCGGACCUGGAGGUCGACCCCACGGAGCUCCUCGCAGAGUUCUCGUCCACCCCGCCGCCGGACGACCUGCUGCUGGACACGGUGAGCCCAGCGGCAGUCCACGUCGACGACGAGGCGGCCAACAACAAGCCGCCGGUGGUGCCGGACGACGACGUGAAGCAACAACAACUGGCGGUGAUGACGACAGUAGCACAAGAGGAGAAGCGGUUGUUGGAGGAGCAAACAUGUGGUGAUGAGAAACAUGUGGCCGCCAGCAAGCAGACGACGGAGGAGGAUUCUUGUGCAGGGGCCGCCGUGUCCGACACCAAGCCGUCGGCGUCGGCGUCGGCAGAGGGCCACAGCAAGAAGAAGCCGGCACCAGGGAAGAACUCGCACGGCAAGCGCAAGGUGGACUGGACGCCGGAGCUGCACCGGAGGUUCGUGCAGGCGGUGGAGCAGCUGGGCAUCGACAAGGCCGUGCCGUCCAGGAUCCUGGAGAUCAUGGGCAUGGACGACUGCCUCACAAGACACAACAUCGCCAGCCACCUCCAGAAGUACCGGUCGCACAGGAAGCACCUGAUGGCGCGGGAGGCGGAGGCCGCCACCUGGGCGCAGAAGCGGCACAUGUACGCGGCGGCGGCGGCGGGCGGCGGAGUAGCCCCGAGGACGGACGCACCACACGCCAGCCGGCCGUGGGUGGUGCCGACGACGACCUUCGGGUUCCCGCCGCCGGCGCCCCCGCCCUUCUGCCGGCCGCUGCACGUGUGGGGCCACCCGCCCCACGCCGCCGCGGCUGACGCCGCCGCCGCCGCUGCUGCUGCGGUGGCGGCGCCUCCGGCUCCGACUGCGAUGCUGCCCGUGUGGCCGCGGCACCUGGCGCCGCCCCGGCCGCUGCCGCCGUGGGCGCACCCGCCGGCGGUGGACCCGGCGUUCUGGCACCAGCAGUACAACGCGGCCAGGAAAUGGGGUCCACAGGCAGCCGCAGUGACGCAAGGGACGCCGUGCGUGCCGCCGCCCGCCGCCGCCAUGCUGCCGAGGUUUCCGGUGCCGGGGAUGGUGCCACAUCCCAUCUACAGACCGGCGAUGGUCCCUCCGCCGCCACCGCCGCCGCCGCCAAGCAGCAAGCUCGCCGAACUGCAGCUUGAGCUCGACACGCACCCGUCCAAGGAGAGCAUCGACGCAGCCAUCGGAGAUGUUUUAGUGAAGCCAUGGCUGCCGCUGCCGCUGGGGCUCAAGCCGCCGUCGCUCGACAGCGUCAUGUCCGAGCUGCACAAGCAAGGCGUACCAAGCAUCCCACCGGCGGCCGCCACCGCCACCGGAUGA